UCUCUCUCCCCUCUCCUUUUCGCGGCAGCAGUAGUUGGAAGGCGCAUCUCCGCAAACAGGUCACAUUUCACUCUAGUCGCAUCCUCGUCUUUUUCUCCAGAAAAUAAGCUAUAUCGAGUGCCGCGCGCCUUUUCUAAGCACUUACCAUGGUGAUAAUGACCGAAUUGGGGGUCCUUCUCGUCCCGGUGAUGAUGCUGGUGGGAUUCACCUUGCAGGCGGAAAUUAAGAACGGGAAAGAGGCAGAAAAAGCAGGGAAUUUCAUGGAGGACGAGCAUUGGCUGUCCACCAUUUCACAGUACAGCCGCAAGAUCAAGCACUGGAAUCGCUUCAGAGACGAUGACUAUGUGCGGACCUUGGAUGAGAAUCAGGGAGGCUCUAAUGAAAAUGUUGACACCACCAAGGACCCCUGUCAGAAGGUGAAGUGUAGCCGACACAAGGUGUGUAUCGCCCAGGGAUACCAAAGGGCUGUGUGUGUCAACCGCAAAAAGCUUGAGCACAGACUGAAGCAGCCUUCCCUGAGGUCUCCUGAGGGAGGAUGCCGGCCCUGCCCCAUCUCCUCCUCUGUUCCUGUGUGUGGCUCUGACGGACACAACUACGCGUCACAGUGUAAACUGGAGCAGCAGGGGUGCCUCACAGGGAAGGAGCUGACUAUGAAGUGUUCAGGUCUUUGUCCCUGUCCAACCACAGCGCCCAUCACAGAGACAGAGGUCAAGCAUGAGAGUUGUACAGGGCAGGACCUCUCUGAUCUGGGGGAGAGGCUGAGGGACUGGUUCCAGCUGCUGCAGGGCAAUGCCAAGCUGAACAACAGCAGAACUGGAGGCAGCAACCCAGCAGUGGCUAACACUGGAUCAGUCAUGGACAGGAACGUGGUGGCCAGCUGUAAGGACUCUAUAGGUUGGAUGUUCUCAAAGCUGGACACCAACAGUGAUCUGUAUCUGGACCAGGCCGAGCUGGCAGCCAUUAACCUGGACAAGUAUGAGGUCUGCAUCCGACCCUUCUUCAACUCCUGCGAUUCCUACAGGGAUGGGAAGGUUUCUACAGCCGAGUGGUGCCUCUGCUUCUGGAGACAGAAGCCCCCCUGCCUGGCUGAGCUGGAGAGGAUCCAAGUCCAGGAGGGAGGCAAGAACAAACUGGGCCUGUUCAUCCCUAGCUGUGAUGAGGAUGGAUACUAUAGAAAGCUACAGUGUGAUCAGGCCAGGGGAGAGUGCUGGUGUGUCGACCAACACGGUGGAGAACUAGCCAGCUCCAGAAUCCAUGGCAACCCUGACUGUGAUGAGGCGCUGACAUAUUCAGGUGAUUUUGGCAGUGGGGUAGGAUGGGAGGAUGAGGAAGAGAAAGAAGUGGAGGAGAAUGAAGAGGAAGAGGAAGGAGAGGCGGAUGACGGAGGAUAUAUUUGGUAGAGGUGAAGAAAUAAUGGAGUCUAGCUGGUCCAACAUACUACCGGAGCAUCUCAACUUCUCUUGCUUCUCUGUCUCUUACAUACACACACACACACACACAAAUAAUGUUCCCGAAAACACACUCUGAACAACACUGAAUCAGUCCUGGACUAAGGGAGGGGGUUGGAGGGACAGAUGGGGGGUGGGUGUAGUGGCGUGACAAUGUGUGAUAUCAAUAGCUAGCAACUGUGGUCUGACGAGUCAGGAGAUGUGUCCUAAAUACCUGGGAAUAUCUUGGCUCUUUUUUCUGUUGUAUGUACAAGACAACUUUCUCAUGGAGCAGUUUUUAGCAGCUUAAAAUGUUUUAUUAAAGGCAGGAAGCAACUGGAGGUUAUGUGCUCAUGUUAGGAACUGGAGACGCAAUUGGGUGCAUCUCAGUAGUCAAAAGUGGCAUCCUCCCCUUGCUUCAGUUCCUUCAUUUCCUCCUUUCUCUGCACUGAUGUGAACAAACUGGACAGGCAAUUAUAGUCAGGCUUUCACCUUACUGUUUUCACCAACCCGGGGCUUUCAGUUCAGGGCAGAUGGAGAGGAGACAAAGAGAGGAGUCCACUUUAGACUAAUUGCAUAUUCCGUUUGCAUCCUUUGACUUUCCCCAUUCCAUCCCGUAUGCUUCACCUCAUAUGACAGUAGUGCUCUGUCUCAUCAAGUCUAAUAGAAUAAAGUUUCUCACGCUACACUCCUAAAUGUGAAUAAACUGUGUAUCUGAAGACAGAUUUGCCAUUAUUAUUAUUAGUCCUGUAUUGCUAAUGCCUUGAGAGACUGGCAGACUGUACUGCUUGAUUGACAAGUGUCCAUUGUAUUAUCUGCAGAUCAACAUUGUGUUUAAUAAUAAAAUGUAUUGGUUCUAUGUGGCCCAACAAGGCCACCAUA